AGGUUCACACAGCAGAAGACAAGAACAGGCUGACAACACUCACCUCCUGCUACUCAGUGAAGGAACAUGGCUGCUGCUCGUCUCGCCCUGACCGUGCUGGUGCUGAUGCUGGCUGCCGUCACUCUGACUGAAGGCCUGCGUGGCGUCGGCGCCAAGAAAUGCUGCUUUCGUUUCAAUGAGAACGAGGUGGCCAGAGACAAAGUGGUCGGCUACAUCCGGACCAGCCAGCGGUGCUCCAAGCCCGCCGUCCGGUUGAACACCGUUGCGGGGCGUCAGCUGUGCACCAGACCCUCAGCCGCUUGGGUGAAGGAGCUCAUCCGCCACCUGGAUGCCAAAUCUGUCCCAGGAGGGACAUCCAACCUGUAACCAUGAGGACAACCUGCCUCCACCCCCCCCCCCCCCCCCGCGAAGAUGUGUUUCCAUAAGGUCUGCGUGGGGGUUAUCUGUCCAUCUAUAUGCCAAAUAUUUAGUAAAACACAAAAUAUUGUUAUGUUUUGUGACUUACUCGUGCAGUUUUCUAAACUUUUUUAAUUUUAAUUUAAGUAUCAUGGAAUAAUAUGUGUAGUUUUUGCUGACCAUCAACACUGUGAAAUACUGUUGCUUUGUGAUUUGAAUUGACUGAACAGAAACUACCUUCACUGCCUCCAACUCCACUUGUUGUCAUCAGUAGAGAAUAAGCUAUGGCUCAAUGCCACUAUUUCUACAAUGCACCUCUUGGAGCUCUUACUCUUGUUUUGUUUUUUAAUAUAAACCUAAGUGAUGCUGUGAUGCUUUUCUUUUUACAGUCAUGUUUUGAAUUACUUGUACAGAUAAGUACAACAUGGAUUUCUGUACGUUUGUGCUAUACUGAUUUGAUUCUGUUAAAUUAAAGCGAGAUAAUAUGA